AUGACAAACGUCCUUGGUUACCUCCGCCACUGUGAUGGAGGAAGUGUUCCAUAUAGAUCAAGCUGCAGAGGAACUGAGAUUGCCGUCCACCAAGAACGGGUAAUCAGCUACUGGCCAAGAGAUAUGGUAAUAGACUAUAAGGUCGUUGCAAACAUCCUACAAAGGUAUAUUGUGGCAGGCAUGGAACAAAGGAUGUUAAAGGAAGGAAGUUUAGUGGCUAAAGCAAUGGUCGAGAGAAGAAUGGAGCUCAAGCCAGAAGUCAGGAUGGAGGACCUAAGGCCUGCAGCGCCAAAGAUGGAAGAAACACUGGUCAAGAUUUUAAAUUUAUUACGAGAAUAUAAAGAGUAUUUUGCUUGGGACUACUCUGAGAUGCCGGGAUUAGACCAAAAACUAGUACAACAUCGGUUUCCCAUUAAAGAUAACUUUAGACCAGUAAAACAACUUCCCAAGUGCAUGGUGCCGGACGUCGUCCUAAAAGUUAAGGACGAAAUAGAACGAUUACUUAAGGUUGGAUUCAUAAGAAUCGCUAGGUAUGUGGAAUGGUUGUCUAACAUAGUGCCCGUCGUUAAGAAAAAUGGGAAGUUAAGGGUCUGCAUCGACUUCAGAGACCUUAACAAAGCCACUCCUAUGGAUGAAUAUCCAAUGCCAGUGACCGAUAUGUUGGUCUAUUCAGCAUCUAAGAAUUGA